AUGGAUUUUAAAUCUCGAUUUAAGGGAAAGAUGACUGUGAUGAAUAAAGAUGGAGUAAUUGCAAUGGUGAAUAAACCUUCUUUACCAAUUGUCAAAAGCAAUUAAUAUUAUCAGGAAAAUGAUGAUUCCUCACCUACAAAAAAAUAAACUAGUCUAUAUACAGAAGGAAUAAGAGAAACUAAAUCACAUGUCUUUACUAAUAUUUAGACUUCUCCAAAAUAAAGAAACUAAACUAAUUAUUCCUAAAAAUUUUCUAAUACAGGGAAUUAAGUCAUCAAAUCUACACAAAUUCCAUCUAAAUAAUAACCAUAUUUUGAUGAACAAAAUAAAUAACUCAAACAAUUGCAAUUAAGAAUACAACCAGAUUUCAAUUAAAUAGAUAUGGAUGAAUAUGAAAUUGUUGCCAUUCCUAAAACUAUGUUAGGAUAACUAAGAUAAUAAAUGAGUGUAGAUAGAUAUGCUCUAACACAUAGUUUUGUUCCAGACAAAAAAUAAUUAUUUUAGUAUCAUUUAUUGAGUUUUUAGAUUUCCUCAGUUCUCACCAGAAGUAACUACUCAAAAUACAUAAAAUCAUUAAACUCCUUUAUUGAAGAAACAAUAUACAAUUGAUACAGCAACGAUGUAGCAAAAACCACUUUUUAAUAAGUAGAAAUCUGAGAAGCUCGAUAAAACAAAUAAAGUCAUUUAAUAAGCAGGACUUGGAACACUUAGAUAUAAGUAUAUAAAUCAUAUCUUAUCUUACUAGUUCUUAUACUAAAAGAUGA